UGUAAUGCCAAUCAAUCCGUACGUAGUCGCAUCGGUUGGUGGAUAUGUUCAAUUUCGGACAGAUGCAAAUGAAAACCAAGAGCUUCGAUGGAGUCACAAUGGAGAGGAGAUUCCACAAGGCAACGGUCUUGAAGUAUUCACAAUAUUAAAAGCCACUGUCGAAGAUGACGGCAUCUAUGAAUGUUACAUAAAUGGAAGACGCCCUGAAAAGGAACACGCCUUUUUCAAGCUGUCUGUCAGAGAAUGCCCAACAGGAAAAUGUGGUAUGCCAAAUUGCCGAAUGGACUGUCCAAACUGUAUGAACGGGGCAGUGUGUGAGCCUCAUUCUUGUUCAUGCCUAUGCCCAGCCGGCUACAUUGGUGAUCUAUGUGAGACAGCGCACUCUACAAGUGAUUUUGGACAGAGCGGCACCAUGGCAUGCAGUAGUGGUGUUGACAAGUGCAUAGGUAACCGAUUCUGUAGACCUCAACCAUUUGGGUGUACUUGUGCAGGAGGUUUUUCUGGAAUAGACUGUGGGACAAGGUGUUCUGCAGGAACAUAUGGCCCCGAUUGCAAGUUAGUCUGUUCAUGUCCGGAUGAUGAGUGCAAUUACCAUAGUGGUUGCAGUUCCAGUAGCUGCAGUGAUGGGAUGACCGGCGAUACUUGUACAGAGUAUUUGCCAUCUACGCAGUGCCCAACUGGCUACCACGGUGACCAAUGUCAAUAUGAAUGCAAUUGUGACUCAUCUUUCACGUGUGAUAAAUGGUCUGGAGAGUGCGUUGUACCAGAUGAUAUCAUUGACGUGGUAAUCGUACUUGACCCACCAUACACCGAUAUGUCAAGUGACCCUCAAGUGAUAUUGAGAUUCUACUCGCUCGGCGACACACAAACUGAAGACAUGGAAAUUAGUUACUUGUCCGAUGACUCUGUGCAGUUGCAAUACAAUGAUACUGGCGAAGGACCAUUCGCCAGCGAUUCCACUUUUACGUACUCCACAGAUGAAGACUCAGUUGGUAUGGAAAUUACAAUUGGAGCUUCCAGUUCUGCUGCGCAAAGAGUUGGUCCAUUCUUGGGUACAGCUACCUACAAUGGAUUUACCACAACUUCAACAGCAUGGUUUCAGCCUAACGAUGCUGAAAUUAGUCCUGUUAAUGAUAUUGUGCGGGUUUCCUUUGGUGGAUUCACCCGAUUGGCAACUAAUGCCGAAGAAGCCAGUGAUUUACGCUGGAAAUUUAAUGGAGAGGCCCUGGGUUGGGCAAAUGGAUUACCAGUCUUAACCAUUACAAAAGCUUAUGUUGAAGAGUCUGGUAUAUACGAAUGUUACAGGGACGGAGACUAUGACGAUAAGACGCAUGCAUUCUUCCGAGUAGUUGUGAGAGGCUGCCCAAGCGGUUUGUGCGGUCGUCCAGCAUGUGUUGAUACUUGUCCUAUUUGCUACAACGGCGGUGUUUGUUCGGCUGACACUUGUACGUGCGUGUGUCCUCCUGGAUUCAUGGGAGACCAAUGUGAAACAGUUUGCCCUGAACAGGAUAAUGCUUUUGGACUUACUUGCAGUAAAACAUGCAGAAGUGAACCGAAUGGCAACUGUAGCGGAAUUAGAUUUUGUUACCCGGACCCAUUAGGUUGUGUUUGCGCAUCUGGCUGGAUGGGUCCUUACUGUGACCAAAUGUGUGAACCUGGUCAGUACGGACCAGACUGUGAUCUCCUGUGCCAUUGCGGAGAUGACGAUUGUAACUAUGUUUAUGGAUGCGAGGUUGGAUCUCAAUGCACGGACGGAUUCAUUGGCGACACUUGCAAAGAUCCUGGUCCUGACGCUGUAUGUACAGUUGGCGAUUUUGGAGAAAGCUGUGAAUUCCAAUGUCAAUGUGAUUUCAGACAAGCUUGUAACAGGACAACGGGAGAAUGUAUUGACUAUCCCACUAAUAUUACAACAUGUGACCGUGGUUUCUAUGGUGAAUUCUGUACACUGCAAUGCCCAUGCUCAUUAAGUAAACCAUGUGAUAGAGAAACAGGCGAAUGUCUUGAAGUUACCACCACUCUUCCAACAACUGAGCCUCCGACAACGGAACCGCCGACAACGGAACCGCCGACAACGGAACCUCCGACAACGGAACCUCCGACAACGGAACCUCCGACAACGGAACCUCCGACAACGGAGCCUCCGACAACGGAGACUCCGACAACGGAGCCUCCGACAACGGAGACUCCGACAACGGAGCCUCCGACAACGGAGCCUCCGACAACUGAGCCUCCGACAACUGAGCCUCCGACAACUGAGCUUCCGACAACUAAACUGCCAACAACUGAGUCUCUAACAACACAAGAAAUGGCAACGACUAAAAUAACUACAGAAGUUGUUACAACUCUAAAGUCAACGACGUUUGAUCCUACAACGGAGGGGCUCACCACUACUCUCACAACAGCACCGAGCUAUCCACACGAGAUGAUAUGCUCAUUCAAUGUGAACGACACGAUAGUACGCCCAACGGCUGCCCACUUGUUGGCCCCAAGUAGGUCACCUGUGGCCAACAACACCGACUCAAACUAUACAUUCACUACACUGCUACCACCUACCGCUGCAGCGUUGUAUACCACAUAUUACAACCUGUUGGAUGAUCUUGAUCUUGGUUGUUCUAUUGAUGGUAUCAGUCAACCCUAUUUUGAUGAUCUUGAUCGCUUUGUUAACAUGUUUGGUAUUCAAAGUAAGGCUAUUCAGGUGCCUGAACCCCGCGAAAAUGGCUCAAAAGCUCUGUCUAUGCCAUUCCCAAUGCCUUGUGCAGUGGAACCAGCCGAGUGCGAAAAUGGCAUGACGGUAUCUUUCUGGGUGAGACUUACAACCGAAGAGCUUCAGAAAUCUGGAGAUAAAUAUUUCAUAUCUACUGGAGCACCCGAUCAGACAGGUUUUGCCGUGUACCACAAUUCUGGUACGUUGUUCGUAGUAGUAAACAACGGCAGUAGUCAAUGGGAGGUAGAACUCGCUGGUGGUUUCAUCGUUGGUAAUAUUUGGACUCAGAUUGCGUUUACAUGGGAUAGUGUUGGUGGUUCAGGAUUAGAGGUAUUUAUUGAUGGUAUUAAAAAACACCAAGAACCACAACCAACCACGAACCAGGUACCAGAAAGCUAUGGGUACUUGACAAUUGGGGCAAGAUUAGGCUCGAAUGUGAACAUGAUAAUAAAUUCUACAGAGACAUUGUUUGACGAGCUCUACAUUGCUGACAAUUAUCUCCCAGAGACGGACAACAGGACCGUAAUACUGUCGAGAGGAAUUGAUGGAGAUGACUGUAGGGGAAACGAGUGUGAGAAUGGUAUCUGUCUUGACGCUGGAAUUGCAGCAUAUGUAUGUGACUGUUUUACUGGUUUCAACGGCACUUUAUGUGAAAAUGAUUUAGACGAGUGCAUUAGUUACCCAUGUGAGAAUGGAGAAUGUAUUGAUCAAGAAAACGGGUUCGAAUGCCAGUGCGAAUUUGGUUUUGAAGGAGAUAGAUGUGAAAUUGACCUUGUUCCCGACUUUGUGUUCGAUAGUUCUUCUACUGCCGAUAUUAGUCCAACUGAUUUACUAAACAAUACAAAUAUUCUUAUUGAGCCAAUGUAUGGGCUGUCCCAGCAUUACGAGGACUUUUCUGACACCAACGAUGGAUUUGCAGAUGGCGGGCUUUUUUUAACAACCUCAGUUGGACGGGGCGACAUAGGUGAUCGUUACCUCGGUUUUCUUGGAGCUGAUUCAUGGGUGAAUGCCUUAUUUUCGGGAAAUUUAUCACAGGCAAAUGGAGAAUGCCUUGGUCAACCAAAUAAUUGCACCGAUGGUUUCUCUUGUUCGGUGUGGCUUAAACUUGAAUCCAGUGCUCUUUCAAAUGCGCCUGGCAUCAUUGUACACGCGGGAGCUGAGCGGGGUAAAGGUCCGUAUACCGUUCUUGAAUUGACAGCAGACAAUCAAUUUCAUUUAAUCGUGAACUACAGCAGUGUUGAAUACAGUUCGAAGACAAGAGAGUAUGUGAUAACAGCUGAUGAAUGGCUUAACAUUGGCUUUACAUGGCGGAAUGAUAAAGGUGGUUCAAUUUACAUAAAUGGACACAGGCAACCAUCGGACAAUACUUUCAACGACUAUGCUAAUGGGUCCUUAACGGUUGAUGUAGGUGUGACUAAAAGCAAUGUUGUCGCUCUAGGAUCCAUGUAUUCAAGCAUGCCAACCGUAUAUACUGCUCACAUGUCUGACUUUGUACUUUGGCCCAGAUACCUCUACGAGUUUGAAUCUCAUUUAUUCCUUGGUGUAACGGUGGAGGAAUUUUCGUUUCUAAAUUAUGCAACAUACUAUUGGACAACCGAUGCAUAUAUUCGGCGCUUCACUUCAUCCAUCUCGAAAUAUAUGCCGAUGUCUAGUACAAGUGAAUAUGUGAUGGCUUCUAUAGGUGAACUUGACAUUGUACUUGGCUCAGAUUUCAAAGGAAGCGCUCUCAAGAUAGACGGUGUCGAAAACCAAUGGAUUACAUCACCCGAGUUGAAUCGAACAUGUCUAAGCAACCCCUAUCGCUGCCAAGAGGGUGUGACAUAUUCAUUCACGGGGAAACUGACACCAGUUGAUGAUGAGGAUUACCACUUUGUGUUCAGCACAGGUGAGCAGUCAACCAGAGGUGCAUCCGUCUACCAGCGUGGUAUCAAACUCGGGGCAGCACUAACAGACGGCGAUAAGCGGUGGAUUGUUGAGAUUGACCACCAACCAGAUCCAGAGCGAUGGAUGCAAAUUGGAAUUUCAUGGACAAAAUCAUCAGGCAUGCUGUUGUACAUCGAUGGCUAUGUUGUUGCCGCAGAUUAUGUUGGGUAUCGAAAGAUUCGUGAGAAAGAUUUGGACUAUCGUCUGGCAAUUGGCCGCCGGAAUGACUUUCUGGGCAUGUAUUCCAAAAUAGUCUUUCAGCAGUUUGCCUUCUGGGAAGAAUUCGUUGGAAGCUGGAGGUCGCUAGAGUUUUUUGGUUUCGUUGAUUCAAGCUAUUACAACAAACCGACCGAGUUCUGGGAUGCAAAGCGUUUAAUCAGUGGUACUAUUGGAAUGCUCCAAGAAAAUAGAAGACUUCGAAUGAACGAAACGAUUUCACGCAACUUAUUUGUAGGUCCUAGUGCUGGAGCCAAUCUUAUAUCAAACAAUAUAGUGGAUCUUAUGGCUGAUACUGCCCAUUUGUAUCUUGGUCACAUGGAGGGCAGUUGCUUGGUUUCUCCAAUGCUUUGUCCUUAUUGUAAAAAGAAAGAAUUGAAGGACUGA